CAACCUAGACCAACAACUACUUCUCCUCCUUACGAAAUUGCGUUGUUUCCUCUAUACCCUCCUAAACACGCCCUCGCUUUCUCUCUCCUACUUUUCUGUAAUUCUCGAAAUUUUGAUCCCUAAAGUCAUCCAACACUCAUUCAAACUUCAAAUUCAGGUGUUGGGUUGUUAAUUUCUCUUUGAAAUUAUUUUAUAUUAUUGUCAGCUGAAUGGCAUCUCUUUCCGAGUCAUGGAUGCGGGAAUAUAAUGAAGCAUCAAAGCUUGCGGAUGACAUAAACAACAUGGUCUCCGAAGCUAGUACUUUGCCAGCAACUGGUACACAAACGCAACGUCAUUUUUCUGCUACACGCAGAAAGAUUACCAUAUUGAACACUAAAAUAGAAAAUCUGGAGUCACUUUUAGCAAAGCUCCCAAGCAUGCAGCCUAUAACACCAAAAGAGGUGAAUAGGCGCAAUGACUUGCUGACAACUUUGAAAUCCAAAGUCAGUCAUAUGGCGAACACUCUCAACUCAUACAGUGCUGCAUACAGGGACCGCUUACUAGGUCCGGAUAUCAAGUCAGACGAUGUAGUGAAGAGAGCAUCUAACAUGGACAACCAGGGAAUGGUAGGCUUCCAACGUCAGAUUAUGAGAGAACAAGAUGAAGGCCUUGAGAAGCUGGAGGAGACUGUAAUAAGCACAAAACAUAUAGCACUAGCAGUCAACGAAGAGCUUACCCUUCACACUAGGCUACUGGAUACGUUGGAUGAUCAUUUGGAGUCGACAAAUUCUGGCUUGCAGCGCAUUCAAAGGAGACUGGGCAUGUUCAAUAAACGCACCAAGGGCGGUUGCACCAGCUUGUGUCUACUAGUUAUCUUGAUCGUGGUUCUCAUCCUUGUUGUAUUGGCACUGAUCAAAUAUUUGUAGGACUGUGUUCGGUCCUGGGUAACAUAUUGAACUAGAAACUUUCAGUAGAAGUGUAGAUACUGGGAUCUGCAAAUGAUUUCACCACUAUUUGACCUAGUUUUUGCAGUAAUUACGGAUUGGUCUCUGAUUAGACAGUAUCCAUGAAUAGUGUGUAAAGUAUGCGUCUUUCUCAUUCAUCAAAUUCCAUCCUUCUGUAUUAUUCCUCUGAGAGGUCGAUCAUGAUCUUGUUAAGUUAAAUUCAGCAUCUGCUGAAGUUAUAUGUAAUGACCAUCUGUUUUUUCAAGUACGAUUGUGUUAUUUCUUAA